AAGGCGUCGCAGCGAGCCGGCUGGGGUCCUUCCGCGCGAGACGUCGCCGCCGCCGCCGCAGCCGGUGGGCCGUUGGGAGGGCGCGUGCCGGUGGCCCCCAGCCAUGUACUACAAGUUCAGCGGCGUCACGCAGCGGCUGGUCGAGGCCGCCGCCUCCGCCGCCUACAACCCCCAGGGACUCAAACCAAUAGUUUCCACUGAAUCCCCACCUCUGAGUUUUGGGACAACAAGUAAACUUGCUUCAGAUUUACCAGCAACUGAUUCUUUCUUGGGUAAAAACAAGGUGCCAGACCUACAGAAAAUUUUUCAGAAAGCAGAUGGGCUGCCAGUACACCUGAAACGAGGAGUUCCAGAUAAGCUGCUUUAUCGGACCACUAUGGCUCUAACAAUAGGCGGGACUAUCUACUGUCUAAUAGCACUGUACAUGGCCUCACAACCAAGAAACCAGAAGUAAAUGAACCACAACUCAUGGGACUCGUGACACUUCUCUGAAGGACCUCCUGCAUGUAUCUCUUUGCACUUGCUUUAAUUCUGUGAUCAUGUAGGGUUCAUUGUUCAGAUAAAAUUUCUUGGAGAAAAUGUUUUUAACUUGGUUGCCUUAUGUGUUCUAGAAACCAAUAUAAACAGACUUAAAAACAUCAUCUUAACAUAUGGUUGUAGCUUUGAAUUUGUUGUCUUGCAGAAGCGUGUGAACAGUUGGAGAAAGUUAAGCUUUUCCUUCCUUCCCUCCCCCAACUUAAACAAUGUUAGAGACAGGGCAAGACAAAUACUUAGUGGGCUGUGCUCCACAUUCCUUAGUGGGAAGAUGCUGCUGCUUUCCAAAACAGUAAAAGCAAAUAAUUUCAUUAUUUUAACAUACUAGGAACCUGUUUCUGUCAUGCACAGCUCAUUUUACAUUAGCAGGUGGAAGCAGAACUUUUCCAAAUGGUGGUAUACUAUUAAGUAUUUGUACCUCUGGUGGUAGGGCAAAGGGGCUUAUCUCCUUGAGUAUUUAAAGUGGAUUUAUUUGAUAAUGCUAGCAUCACUGAAUGCAGCAGAGUGCACCAGUAUUGUAGCAUCAAUUAUACCAGUUUUUGGACUUUUGUCAGACUGUCUUAUUGUGCAAUAAAGUUAACUACGUGAAUAAUAAACCAGGCAAGUCUUGAAAGUCUCAGACCACUUCAGCUGGCCUGGUAGUGAAAUAAACAAACUGGUACACCCUUAUUUAAGUCCAACUUCUAGGUCUCAAAUCAGACAAUUCAGCUACCUUACUGUAAUCUUUUUGAGAUGAUAAUCCUCUUAAAAUGUCUUCUCAAAACUUAUUGGGUGUUUAACUACAAUUGUUGUAAAACAGGUCACUGUCACAGCUGCAUAUUAUUUUCAGUGCACACACAUACCUAUUUGUGUACACACACACACAUUUCCUUUGCUGUGUGGGUGGAAGAGAGACAAGCCAAUAAAACCUUUUAUCAUUCUC